AUGCCAUUUCCGAAAAUUACUAAGGACUCUGUAUCGGGUGAUAAGGAUUAUAUCGCCCCUAAGGCUUACCCUAUAGGACCAUUUACUAAAUAUAGUAAUAAUCCAAUUUUACGUCCUGAUCCAACUGUAGAAUUUGAAAGUGCUUAUUUAUAUAAUGCUACAGCAAUUGUAGUUGAUGAUACAGUAUUUUUAUUAUAUCGAGCUCAAAAUCCUGCAAAAUUAUCUUCAGUUGGUUUAGCAUGGUCAAAAGAUGGUUAUAAUUUUACAAAAUAUCGUAAACCAAUUAUUAGUGCAACAGAACCUUGGGAAAGAGGUGGUGGUAUAGAAGAUCCAAGAAUUGUUCGAGAUCCUAAAACAAAAUUAUUUAUUGUAACUUAUACCGCAUAUGAUUUAUUUAGAGCAAGAUUAUGUGUUGCAACUUCUGAAGAUUUAUUUCAUUGGACAAAAUAUCCUUCAUUUAUUCCUGGUUAUUGGAAUGAUAUUGCUCAUGAUGCAAAUGGUAAACAUCUUAUAAGAAGUGAAUGGCUGAAAUCAGGAGCAGUAUUUAAUGAAAAGAAUAAAGAUGGAAAAUAUUAUAUGAUUUGGGGUGAUAGUGCUUUGCAUCUUGCCGAACUGGAUGAUUUAGUUCAUUGGAGAUUAACUAAUGAUAGUUAUUAUGGUAAUAUUUUUGCAACCGGAAUAUUUAAUGCUGAAAAUAAAUUAAUUGAAUCAGGUCCUGCUCCAAUUAAAUUAGAUAAUGGUAAGAAUCAAUGGAUUUUAAUUUAUAAUGCAGCCACAAUUGGAGGCCAUGAUCUUCCAAAAGAUACUUAUACUAUAAGUCAAAUGUUAAUUGAUUAUGAUCAUAUUAGAGAUGGGCCCUUAGCAAGAUUAGAAAGACCCAUAUUAAAACCUGAACAAAAGAAUGAAGUCGAGGGACAGGUUAAUAAAGUUGUCUUUUGUGAAGGUAUAGUUCAAUUUAAGGGACAAUGGUUCUUAUACUAUGGACAAGGAGAUUCAGAAUUAGGAGUUGCAACUGCUUCAGUUGAAUAG